AUGGAGGACUGCCAUGACCUCUGGAACCAGAUAGAAGAACUAAUCUGGAGAGGCCACCUUGCAUGCUAUCUCAAGUCCCGGGAGGUGACUCCGCGCCCUAGAGGGCCCCCCGAGAGACAGAUCGACGUCAUCUCUGGCGGGCUGGUAGCCGGCGACACUAGCAUGACAGCAAGAAAGGCCUACACACGUAGUACGGUGGAGAAGCGUCCCUGGCCUGAGCACGAGCCUACAAUUACCUUUGGAGCUGGAGAGGUCGAGCGCUCCCACCAUGACGAUGCUCUGGUGAUCUCCGUCCAAAUCGCCAAUGCCCAAGUCAAGAGGGUGAUGGUUGAUACGGGGAGUUCCGCCGACGUCCUCUACUUCGAUGCCUUUGGGAGGCUCGGUUUGACCCAGGAAAAACUUACCCCUGUGACAUCAGCUCUUACAGGGUUCACCGUAGAUUCCAUCUCCCCGCUUAAAACCACAAUGCUCCCCAUUACCCUCAGGGAGGAACCGAGGAUGAAAACAAUAAUGACCACCUUCAUGGUGGUCGACCUACCAUCGGCCUACAAUGUCAUCCUCGGCCGCCCGACCCUCAACAGGAUCCAGGCGGUGGUCUCUACUUAUCACAGAACCAUCAAGUUCCCAACCUUGGUAGGGAUUGGGGAGGCUUAG